UGAUAUAUUUUGGAUAACUCAAUAAUCAUGAUUCUUUUCCAUCAUCUUUUAUUCUUUUCUAUAUAUGGAAACUUUGUUAAAAGAAAUCUGAGAUCUGAUAUACAAACAGUAUAUGACAUAUAUUCAGUUUGAAAUCUGAGACACGUUGUAUGGAAACGUCUGUUUGAUGCUGAAUGUAAAUUUAAAAAAAGAAAAAGAAAAUAUAUCCAGGUUGUAGUUCAGAGAUUUCCGACUGUCGCCUGAAGGCAGCACAGUGUUCAUUACUCCUGGACGGGCUGGGACCAAGCUGAUCAUAAUAAAGGUAAUAAACAGUGUUACAGUUGUAGUAAACUGGACCAUAAUAAAUCAUUUAUAAGAAAACUUCAGACCACACGGAGCAGCUUCCGGUGGUGGGGGCGGCCCGGUGCCGUGACUCUCUGCGGGGGACGGAGCGUCUCACACGGGAUGGAGGCUGUCGGUGUCCGGUGGCCGCUCUGCUGAUCCCCGGUGAAGAUGUCUGUCUCCGGGAUGAAGAAGCAGCUCCACAAAGCCAGCCAGCUGCUGAACGAGAGGCUGAUGGGAGCUGAGGGAACCAAGAUGGACGAGGACUUCCUGAGGAAGGAGAAGAGUGUUGCAGUGAUCCACUCUCUGCUGCUGGAGCUUCUGUCCAGAACCACAGAGUUCCUCCAGCCGAACCCAGCAUACAGAGCCAAACUGAGCAUGCUCAACACCAUGUCCAGGAUCCGAGGGCAGGGGAGGUGCACGGGUUACCCGCAGACAGAGGGCAUGCUGGGAGAUUGUAUGUCGCUGUACGGCGAGGAGCUCGGAGCUGCUUCUGAAUUUGGUGGAGCUCUGUCUGGUGUGGGUGACGCUCUGCAGCAGGUCGGCCAGGCCAGGGACGCUCUGGACGUCAACGUCAAACGCACCUUCAUCGACCCCCUGCAGGACCUCCACGACACGGAGCUGAAGGAGAUCAGGUUUCAGCUGAAGAAGCUGAACGGGCGUCGGCUGGACUUCGACUACAAGAAGAGACGAAAAGGGAAAGUCCCGGUGGGGGAGAUGCGACAGGCCUGGGACAAGUUCAUGACGUCCAAAGAGCUGGCGGAGAGGAGCAUGUUCGUCCUGCUGCAGAACGAUAUGGACCGGCUCAGUCGUCUGGCAGCUAUGGUCGCAGCGCUGCUCGACUUCCACCGCAACGCCCACCGCAUCCUGCAGGGUCUCCAUGGCAACCUGCAGGCUAGGCUGACCGCUGCCAGCAACCGGCCGGGGCGACGGUUCAGACCCAAAAGGAUCCGGGUCAGAAGCGAACACAAUGGCAGCAUCGGAUUUUUCCACCAGCCGUCGAUCACAUCUGCAGCUGCCUCAGGAGAGCCGGUCACAGUGUUGCCAUGCCGACCCGGCAGCCCCGUCUCCUGCUACGCGGACAGUAAGCUGGUCCUGGAUCAGCCCUGUUGCCGGGCGAUGUACUCCUUCCACUCGAACCACGAGGGCGAGCUGGGCUUCAGCGAGGGCGACCUCAUCGUCCUCACCUGUCAGGUCGACGCCAACUGGUACGAGGGCUCGCUGGGCGGCCGGUCGGGACUCUUCCCCGUCAGCUACGUGGAUGUGCUGGUGCCUCUGCCGUUACCGUGACGACUCAUCAACCGCCCACUGACUCUAUUAGACGCUGACAGAUAAUAUGCAACUCCUCAGCUUCUUAUUUGCACUUUUUCCACGAGCGAAUCAGUUUGUUCUGAAGGAAGGACGGCCAUAGUUUCUACUGUAGAGCACUUUAGUUCCAAGGGCCGGUUGCACAAAACACCUUAAGAUUUCCACUUAAUUUUGACACUUAAUAAUUAAUGACUCCUCAGCCGAGGGAGUUACUUAAGGGUGUUGCACAGAAUCUCUUAAAAGGUUUCCUUAGUUAAGGGAAAAACGUUCAGGCAUUUGCAGCAGUGAAAGAGAUUUUACAGCAGUAAAAUUCUACUGUUUCCAUGGAGACCGUUGAUUUGCUGCCAUUAGAACUUGUUGUUUUGAGGGGAGCUUCACCACGAUGUUCAGCAGACGGUACACACUGAUCUGUGGACAUGAAACACCUCGACUACACCUGACGGGAAACGUCAUGUGACAUAAAACUACUGAACAAUCGUUGAACUAUGGAAAGUGGAAGGAUCCAACUCUAGACGGUCGGACAAAUAAAGUCAGAGGAGCCUUUACUUUUUUCCUUAGUUUGGUCACUAAGGGCUUUUGUGCAGCGGUUUCAGUGACUUUAAGUAUAAGACUAAGAUAAGGAGAAAACCUUAAAUACUCAAGGAGAAAACUUAAGGGUGUUUUGUGCAACUGCUUUUAUUUUAAGAAAAACUUAACUUCAAGGAAAAUCUUAACUGAGGUGUUUUGUGCAGCUGGCUCCUGAUCUCAUGUCACAGGUGAACACACCAGCCACCAAAGAGAGGCUCCGUCCGUAAAGACCACAUUUCUACACCUCAGCGUGUUUCCCUUUAAGACUUUUAGCUCCAUUUCCUGCACAAAGCGAACAGCUCUUGCCUCUCGCACACUUAGAAAACACAGCCACAUCAGCCUGAUGCCAUCUGCAUUUUUAGAGCGAUAGACAAUAACGAAUAGAAACUAUCUGGGUAAGUUUACUGUAAUGUUUAGAUUCAUGAUGAGUGUAGAUAAAAAUACUGUUCAAUAGGUUUAAUUUACAUCUAAUUCUAAGAGUGCGGUGGGUGGUGGUGGUGUGCAUUGUGAUGCAGUUUUAGCAGAGUUGUUGUAACUUGUCGGCACUUUAUCUGAAGCUUUAUGAGACUCAGGUCAGGAAAAUGUUCACUCUGUUCAAACGUGUGAUUUCUUAGGAGACAGGGUCGCGCUCAGACGUGAGAGUGAACGUCUGACUCUGCAGGAAGGAGAUGAAGACCAUUUCCCAAAAUGUCCAACUGGUCCUUUAAAGCACAGAGUGAUGGAGACAGUGAGAGGAAACACACUGUAACAGACACCACUUCUUCUACACAGUGCACCACUUUAAGCUGAAACUACUGCUUUUGUAUGUGAAGUAGGGAACUUACUGUUAAGACAAAAUGUUGGACUUUUCCUUUAAUAGAAAACUAGUGUGAAAUCUAUAGUUAGUAAAAAAUGCACCACUACAGUUAAUGUAAACCGCUGGAGCUGGAGUGGAUCUUAUGGUUUUACAUGAUAAACAAUAUAAGUCACAUGAAUGUAAUGAAAUAAUUGGUGUGUGUGUGUGUGUGUGUGUGUGUGUGUGUGUGUGUGUGUGUGUGUGUGUGUGUGUGAAUGGCAACAAACUGAAGCAGGAAGCAGAGAGAAGCCAGACGGUCUGUUAACCUGCCCCUCAGUCUCCGAUGUAAUAAAUCUGACACUCCAGGAAUGUAUUGAACCCUCGCCCUCUGAGCACAGAGAUAUUUGUUGUAUAAAGACCAGAAUCACUCAGAAUGUUUUUCAGAAAUAAUUUCUCUGCAGAAUAAACACUUUCAUGUCUGA